GUUGCUAGUGGACUAUACAACACGCCUGCUCUUCGUCUCCAGGAAAUCACAUGAAACCUCAGCUGAGAAAAAUGGUCGCAAUAUGCUCCACUUAAUCCUUCAGGACAUUCAGACGUGUCGCGUGGUGUUCGCCACAGCUGAAGAGUCGAAUGGGAUUUUUGUGAGUGAUCGCUGGUGAGCUCUAUAGGCCCUUCAGUAAUGCCUCGGACCGUCGUAAGGUCCUGAGCCGAUCAGAGCUCCGCUUCACACAGCAGGACGCUCCACGUAACUCCAGGAAGAGAGGUUUGACUUACUGACUUACUGAUGUCAGAUCUCUGAGCUUAAUCCUGCGUGUACAUAAGCGUCAGAGGAAAGUAACCCACUAAACCUGGCCACUGAGUUUAUGAACAGUCUGGAGAGAGACAGGGAAUCAUGCUGCCUCCAUCAAGGAGAGAUUUUGUAUCUCUGACUGUCAGUGAAAGUGGCAGCUACACCAACAGCAAGCAGUGGUGCCGGCAGUCCUGCUGGAGGAAAUGGAAACGGCUGUCCAGAUUGCAGCGCAGCCUGAUCCUGUUUACACUGAUGCUGUUGCUGGUUUGUGGAAUCGCUACAUCUCCCACUCUCAUAAGGCACUGGAGAGAUGGUGUUGUAGGGGAGAACGGGUACGAUGGAAAACAGCCAUUUGUUGUCAACCUGAAAAAUGAGUACAGGUCCAUUCUUCCUGAGCUGCCCUCUGAGAAAAAGGACUACCAUAGACGUGGACCUCCUGCCUUGCAGAACCAUUUGCAAACCAAAACGAAUGUUUCGGGUCUGUUGGGAGUAGAAAAUCAUGGACUGGACCUGAAGAAUGCAGAUAAAGGAUCUGAAGGCGGAAAGCCAAUCAAUAGUUGGCGUGGAGCUGUGAUAGAAGAAGAACAUGCAUCUGAUACUGACACCAAAGACACAGAAAUCCAAGACGACCCAGCUUCAAUAGCACUUGCUGAGAGCAGGCUGGAGGCUGUGAGAGAAGCUUUUAGACAUGCCUGGAAGGGUUACAAGAACUUUGCUUGGGGUCACGAUGAGCUAAAACCAAUCUCUAAUUCAUAUGGAGAGUGGUUUGGACUUGGGCUGACCCUAAUUGAUGCUCUGGACACCAUGUGGAUCUUGGGCCUCAAAGAGGAGUUUGCAGAGGCCAGGCAGUGGGUGGCUAAAGAGCUCUCCUUCGAUAAAAAUGUUGAUGUUAAUCUGUUUGAGAGCACCAUUCGUAUACUGGGUGGCCUUCUGAGUACUUACCAUCUGACCGGAGACUCCUUGUUCCUGGAGAAAGCUAAAGAUAUUGGCUCCAGACUGAUGCCUGCCUUCAGUACAGCCUCCAAAAUCCCCUAUUCGGAUGUGAAUAUUGGGAAGGGGACGGCUCAUUCUCCGCAGUGGACUUCAGACAGUACCGUAGCUGAGGUCACUAGCAUUCAGCUUGAGUUCAGAGAUCUCAGCCGACUUACUGGAGACCCCAAAUACAAGCUGGCUGUAAUGGAGGUGAUGAAGCGGGUGCAUAAACUGGAUGGAAAGCAAGAUGGGUUAGUGCCAAUGUUUAUCAAUACCAACAACGGGCUGUUCACCCAUCAGGGCAUUUACACGCUGGGUGCCAGGGCUGACAGCUACUAUGAGUACCUGCUGAAGCAGUGGAUACAAGGAGACAAGACUGAGAAAGAAUUGCUGGAUGACUACCUGCAGGCUGUGGAAGGGGUGAAGAAGAACCUGCUGAAGAAGUCUACUCCUUCCGGCCUUACAUUUGUAGGAGAGCUGUCCCAUGGACACUUUAGUCCCAAAAUGGACCACUUGGUUUGUUUCCUCCCUGGUACUCUGGCAUUGGGGGCACAUUACGGCCUUCCUACUGAUCAUAUGGAGCUGGCAAAACAGCUGAUUGAGACUUGUUACCAGAUGUACGCCCAGAUGGAGACAGGUCUGAGCCCAGAGAUAGCUCAUUUCAACACGCAUGAGGGCAGCACACAGGAUGUAGAUGUAAAGAUUGCAGACCGGCACAACCUUCUGCGGCCAGAGACUGUAGAGAGCCUCUUCUACUUGUAUAGAUUCACCAAGGAUAAGAAGUACCAGCAGUGGGGCUGGGAGAUCCUACAGAACUUCAAUAAGUACACAAGGGUAUGUGAAAGAGGGAUGAAACAAUUCCACUGUCACCUUGAGGUGUUUUAGAACAUGCAAAACAGUGGAAGGUAAAUGUUGUGCGCUGCGUCCAAAUUUACAUAUGUUCCAUUAGGGUUGUGCCGAUAGACCAGUGUUACUCAUUGCG